UUAUUAUAUACAAUAAAAAUGGCGACUUUGCAUAAGAAGCAUUUUUGUUCAUCAAACAUAACUAUAAGCGCUGUGUUUUUUGAUCUGGACAAUACUCUCAUCGAAACCAGAAAAGGCGACAAUCAAACAUGUCGAAAGUGAGUGUGUCAAAGGGCAAGGCUAGUCUUAAGGGGUUUGAUUUGGAAGUUUGGGAGUACUGCCAGUUGGCUUUUAGCUGUGACAUGUGAAAGAUGCAAGUUUCAUUAAAUCUUUGUUAAAUAUUAUUGGGUAAAUAUUAAUAUUCUAAUACUUUAUAUUUUAUUUGGGAGAUUGUUAUCAUAUAAAAAAAAUAAAAUUAUAGAAAUAUUGAAAUUAUAAUUACAUUUUAAAUUGUAAUAAAGUAAAUUAUAACCAUGAGUAUUUCAAAGAAUGUAAAAAAGCAUGUGACUAUUUUAAAGUCUGUUGAAUCUGAUUCAGAAAAAUUUGCUGCUUUAUUUAUGAUUACAAAAUUGGUGGAUAGUAAAGAUUGUACAGUAACAGAAAAAAAAAUGUUAUUUGAAGCUAUUGGAACUAAAUUUUUAACAAAAUUGUUAUCUACACAAGUAGUUCCUGUAGAUUGUCCUCCACAAGUAUAUAAAUCUGUAGCACUAUCUAUACUUUCUGCAUUUUGUGGCGAAUCAGAAUUAGCUUCUCACCCUGACAUGAUUGUUCAUGUACCUGCAUUACUUGAAAUUGUAUCAAAAGCUGAUGAAGAUGCAGAUGAUAAUAUGUUAAUUAUUGUUAGUGAAGCAUAUACAUGUUUGCAAAAUAUUGCACAAUAUUCUCCUGGACAACAAGUUUUAAUUGAGCAUAAAGCUAUUGCAAAAAUGUGUGAUAUUUAUUCAGAAAAAAGCUUUCAAACAGAUAAGGCUUUGAACAUUUUAGUUACUUUAGUUCAAAGAUUUAGUACAGAAGCAUGGGAUGCAACAGAUACUGCACCUUUUCAUGCUAUAAUAAAUAAGAUUGCAUUAGAUUUUGAAACAGAUCAUACAGAAAGAAAAUUUGAAUUAUGUACAAUUUUACAAGCUUUACUAAUGUCUUGUACAAAAGACGUAAUUAGUAAAACUGCUAAAGAAGAAUCUUGGCCUUCUAGCAUACAUAAAGCUUUAUCUGAUAUUCUUGGAUCAAAAAUAGGUAAAAAUCAACGUGAUCCAGCAUUAAAACUUGCUUCUGUAAUGCUAGAUUUAUUAGGAGCAGAAUGGACUUUAUUAGAUAAAGAAAAACCAAAAAUAUUUUUGUUAUUAUUAAUUCAACUAACAUCUAUAGAAGUUAGAAUGCAAAUAGAAGGAAAACAAUUGAAAAGUAUAAUGACAAAUGCAGAUUUAAUAACAUCUUGUUUUAUUAUUAUUGAAAUUUCUCUUGCAUAUAUUACCAAUGAUCAGUUGGACUUAGAUCAGAAAGAAAAACAGUCAUUAUAUACUGUUUUAAAAGGAGCAUUUGCUGCAAUUAUAGGUUUACUCACAGCAGUAUCCAAAAUGAAAGAAAUAACAGAUAUUAAAGAAAGAAUAUUUAUUUGUGCUGUAGUAAGAGUACUAGCAGCAUGGCUUGCCCAGGAAACAACAGCUAUGCGUUCUCAAGUUUAUACAGUUUUACCUUACGUUUUAACUAUAGCUAAUGAUACAUUUUAUGCAUAUAGAAAUAGAAAAUUAACAGAAAAGGCUAAAGCAAAUGCAAAACUUAAAAAUGAUGAAGCAACAUCAUCUGGAGAAUCAAUUAUUCAUGAUCCUUUAAGUGAAAUUGAUUUAUUGAGACUUUUAUUACCAGCAUUAUGUUAUUUAGCUGUAGAAGAAGAUGCAAGAAAAAUUUUAAUUCAACAUAAACAAGAAGAAGUCUUGUUUGAAUGUUUAUCUUAUCAUUGGACAAUUGUUCAUCAAAAAAAACCACCAAUACCAAAAUCAGAAAGAUUAAAAAUUUUAAAAGAACCAGAAAAAGAAGAUUUAGAACUUCAUCUAUCAGAAGAAAUAAAAGAUUCAAGGACAGCUAUGGUUUCCGUGUGCAAUGUUUUAAUGAACAUUACUGUAUUAGAAGCAAAAUUAGUAGAAGAAUCACCAACAUUUAUUUCUUUAUUGAAAUUUAUUUUCAAUAAUCUUCCAGAACUUAAACAAAUUCCUGAAAAUCUAGUAUUGCAUGGUCAUCUUGCAGUUUUGGGAUUAUUAUUAUUGAAACAACAAGCAAUACGUAUUAAGAAAAAUGAUUUUUCUAUUUGUCGAUAUAUUCAAGCUACUAUAAGAUUUUUAUGGGAUGCAUAUAUAAUUGAUGAAAGCAAUGAUCCAACUGAACUUGUUGUUGCCAUGUCAUAUAAAGAAAAGUGGUUGGAACUUAUGGAAUUAUGGUUUCUUGGAAUGCAAACAAUGGCUGGAGUCUUACAAGUCAUACCUUGGCUUUCACAAUUUACUCUUGAGUCAGGUUGGGUAGAAGAAAUUAUUGAAAUUCUCAAGAAAAUAAAGAUAGGAAGUCUUCAGCCAAAUGUAAAAUUUGCUUUUGAAGAUCUUUUAUGUCAUUUGGUUAAAGCAGAUGAAAAUGUUGCUUCUGUUUUGAAGAAACGUGGAGCUUUAACUGUAUGCAGAAAUCAUCGUAUGAUGGAACUUGGAAAACAUCUCUUUGGAGACUAAAACAUUCUAUUAUAUUUUGAAUGAAAAUAUUUAUAUUUAUAUAUUGAUAAAAUAGCUGAAAUAGUUAAUCCAUUCUUAUGUUAUCAAGUAAUGUGUUUAUUUGUGUAUACAUAUUAUAUAUGUUUUUUAUAUUAUAUUGUUUAUAAAACAAAA